UAUUUACAAUAAACAUAGCUUAACAAUAAGGUCAUAGUUACUGUAAAAUAAAUCAAUAAUUAACAGAUCUAUAGAUCUAAAUUAUACCAGUAGUUUGUUCACAAGUUAUAUACUGAGCUGUGAGGGUGGUUUUCUUCAAAUUAUAGCAAUAAUAUUAACACAUUUUGUCAAUCAUGGUACUCUUACUUUUAUAACGACUAUAUCUAACUAUCUAUCUAGCAAAAUGUUACCAAAGUAGAUGCUCGAUUUCCAGUCUACAGUAGACAGGCUGCUCGAAAAAACAAUAUAUACUGGUUUUCUCAUGGCGCGGCUCAUAUAAAACAUUUUUUUUUUUUUUUUUUUUUUUUUUUUUCAGAAUAAACCCGUAGUAAAUUUUACCAUAUUUGGAACAGUCUACAUCGCCAGUCAAUACACUAUAUCGUAAAUCGAGUCAUUCAAUUUGAUAACGGUUACAUAGUGACACCUCCAAAUAAGGAAAUCCGAUAUCACGGUUCAUACAUAUUCGGGCAUGCGUAGUCAGUGUGUAAACCAAGCUUGCAACAGCUGAAAACCUGGGACAUGUGUUUUGGAUAUAUUAACCUCAAAUAUCCGGCUGUAUAAUUGUAACAGCAUCAUUGUUAAAGGUAUAACUGACACAGUGGCACGCACGGGGAUUGUAGGAAUAUGUGAUAUUGUACAGCAUCGAAAAACAGCAACAACAACAACAAGUCUUGAUAUGCAGAGAAAAUAAGCAAUACAGCUUUUUACAGAUCUGAUUGUUCACUUAGUAAUCAACCAUGAAACUGAUACUUCAUUGUGCUGUUAUAUGCUUAGCAUUUGCUACAACCAUUUUUACAGGUCCUGAGACUGCUGCAGAUGCCAAGCCCAUUUCUGGAUGUGCUUCAAACACAGAGUUUCCACAAGGAAGAAGAAUUUCCAGUGUAUCAAGCAACUCGGACACAGAUGAUGGUUCAUCAGACUCAAAUUCAAGUAAAGGUUCACCAGACUCAAAUUCAAGUAAAGGUUCAUCAGACUCGAGCACAAGAAACGGUUCAUCAGACUCGAACUCAAGAAAAAGUUCAUCAGACUCAAACUCAGAUUCUGGAGCAGUUGAACCAUGUCCAGAGGAAGGAUGGGUCUUGUUCAGUGGAAGCUGUUAUUUUGUUAGUGACACAAAGUUGGAUUGGCUAUCUGCUGUUGCUGCCUGCAACAAGACUGGUGGAUAUCUUGCAGAGAUCCAGAGCCAUCCAGAACUGGAUUUUGUGGUUACGAUAACUGAGUUUUGUAAGUAAGACAGUGUAAUUGCUGUUUUAAAUAGUAUUUGCUACAGCUGUCAUUUGGUUGUGAAUGUAUUAAAUAUGACUCAAGGAGGGUUUUAUGUGUAUUUUGGGGAGCUAAAUAAGUUUUUACUGUUCAGUUGGGACAUGCAAUGAGUGUAUCUCAUUUUCUAAGCUUUCUUUGAUCUGCAGAUGUAUACAAAAUAAAAAGGCUCGGUUUUAAAUACUGACCAAUAUCAAAAUUAUUUCUGAUAAAUGACUUUUUGUUUACCCCGCAUAAUUAUGCUUGAUUUUAGCUCGUCUGCGGGUUAAAUGCUCGAGGUAAGGUUAUUAUGACUCUCUACCACAGGCGUAACUUAUCGAAGUUGUGAAACUCAAGUGAACACCUUCAUCCAUUAUGUUGUUCCUUUGAUAAUGUAUAUUGUAGGAUAUAGACCUUUCAUUAAAAGCAAAGUGAGCACAAACAAUAACAUAGUGUGGUAAUAGAAAAAUAUGAAACAUGAGUCGAGUGCAGUGGUAUCUAGAUUUGAUUUAUAAGUAAAAUAUCUGCUUUCUCAUAAUUACUGCAAUAUUGAUAAGCCUUACAGUUAUAGUUUUGUAGAUUUUAUUAUUUUUAUCUGAUUGGAUUUUGAAGUUACAUUUGUAUUGGAUUGGACUGAACGAUAGGCAGAUUGAGGGCGAAUUUGUUUGGCAUAAUUCUGGGGACCCAGUGUCUUUCAUCAAUCCAGAACUAUUCUUCGACAACAGAACUGCUGGUGAGGACUGUGUUGUCUCCGUCUACAAUGGCUUUAACUUCCAUAGAUGGUCUGAUUUCGAGUGUGACCUCCAAAUGUUAUAUAUCUGUGAAAUGGAUGCUAAAUAUAAUUAGCAGAGGAAGAUAACUUUAGAUGACGAAAACAGGAAAAUUUGGAAGUGUUUUACAAAAUGUCAGUGGACUGAACAUUUUUUGGCAUUUUAUCAAUGGACUAAACAUCUUCGUUGAAAGUUACAAUGCAUUCUUCUUAAUUGAGAAAAAAAUCAGUUGUUUAUUCCAAAUUCUCAGUAAUAAAAGCAUUAAAUAAUAAAAAUAA